GGCAACAUCAAAUUGAGACUUGUACAAAAUGUCGAAUUUUUACGACGGUGACAAUAGACGAGGAGGUUAUUCCGGAGGCGGUGGUGGUGGAUAUGGAGGCGGAGGAGGAGGUUAUAACGACCGAAGGGGUGGAGGAGGAGGAGGGGGCAGGCCUCCUUCAGCUCCCUUCCCAACUGAGCCCCCAUUCACAGCUUUUGUAGGAAACCUUCCUGAUGAUACUGUCCAGGGCGAUCUGGACCACAUAUUUGCAGAAAUGCAGAUUCAAAGCACACGCCUUGUACAUGACAAAGAAACUGGCAAAUUUAAAGGAUUCAGCUACGUAGAGUUUGAGGAUACGCAGUCGUUGAAAGAUGCCCUGAAAUUGAAUGGAGCUAUUUAUGAUGACCGUCAACUCAAAGUAGACAUUGCACAGGGAAGGAAUAAAGGACAGAGAGGAGGUUAUUCUGGUGGUAGAGGUGGAGGUAGAGGUGGCUACGACAGAGGAGGAAGGGAUGGUGGAUACAGUCGUGGAGGAGGUGGAGGCGGCUAUGAUAACUCAAGAGGAGGUGGAAGCUGGGGGGAUGACAGGAGAGGAGGAGGAGGAGGACGGGACGAAGGGUACCGUGGCGGCGGCGGCGGCGGCUCAGGAGGGUACGGUGGCGGCCGUGAUGGGGGCUACGGUGGAGGUCGCGAUGGGUAUGACAACAGAGACGGGGGUUACAGAGGCGGUGGCGGUGGAGGAAGGGGAAGAGGCACCGGCAGAGACGAUUAUAGCAGUAGUAGGCCAACCCAGGAGUUUAGAGAACCCACAGCAGAAGAAUCAGCGGCCAGGCCCAAGCUCAAACUGGCACCGCGCACUGUCAAAGAACCCGUCGGGGGCCCACCUAGCAGAAGGUCGGACAUCUUCGGCACCGGGAAGCCACGAGAGGAAAAGGGGGGCUCUGAUAAGAAGCCGGAUGAAGCAUCCUCAUAGCCGCACAAACACGAAUAACCGCGGAUGUACAUGUACAUGUAAUUAUCAAAUGAAAACCUGUUCUGCAUUAGAUUCUUUGGGCUGUCUCUGGCGUGAUGUAAGAGUAGCCUAGAGGGUAUUUUUCCUCUCCAGUUCUUCUCCAGGUUAGUAAUGAUUUCUAGGACCCACUUCUGCUAGGCUUGUGCGACCCGCUCCACAAGUCCUUCCCAACAUGGAUGUGGAUAUCGGUAGAUUUGUGUACAUACUUAGUUUCUGCAUUGUGCAUUCAACGGCCCAUACAGAGCCAUUUAUCUCUCUCACUCUCUCUCUCUCUCUCUGUUAAGACCAUUUUCUGUAAAUUUGUAUUUCGUAUGAUUUCUCCAUUUCACAUCAAAUUUUCCAAAUCGUAAGAUGAUGUCUUCUGUAGUGAGCUCAACAUUAUGAAGAGUUAGUGUGCAAGUAUUCAGAAUAGCACUCUAAUUUUUACCAUCUAAAACCAAAUGCAGUAUACUGUUAUAUUUAUUUUGAUUCUAAUACAAAUUUGUUUGUGAUUUUUAUUGAAAUUGCAAAAUAAAUAAAGUGAUUGAUUUGAUUUUGAUUUUUGACAUUGUUUCUCAAAGCUUGAUUAAAAAUGUUAUUGAGAUGAUGCUUGACAGUUCAAGUCUCCCA